AUGGCUAAAUUCACAGAAAUUCCGACCGUGUCCACUUUCUCACGAAGAAAAAUACACAACAAUUCGGGGAAGAUUAUCAAAGCAGACAAGAUGAAUCGACCUGCGCAAGACAGCCAUAGCGAUAUUAGUGGGCUCACCAUGGACAACCGCACACUAGACAAGCAGAUUGAGGUGGUUGAUACGACCAUCGAGGCGAGAUUUGCGCGAAUACAUCAAAAUAUCCAGCCUGCCCCCAUCUUCGACAUGAGAUCGCGAUCUCCGAGCACAAAGAUUACUUAUUCGAAACGCCCGACACAACACGUGCUAGGCACCUCGAAGACAAAGUCUGCGCCCGCGUCCGAUACCAAGGUCCCAAAUACUCUUGAAGCAGCCUCUAUUGAUGCUGAGCUGGUGAAAUCUGUCCGGUCCAUCGCGUCGAUCGGCGCCCCUGUUCAAGAGCCAAACAGAACGAGCGCAGGUCUAAAAGCUACGAUGUUGGACACUCUCGAACAUCGCGACAUCCUGCUUGGCACGCCACCCCGAGCAGUGCACCAAGGUGAUCUUUCCUUCCGCCCAACUUGCAGGAAUUUGAAGUGCAAGAUCCACAAGCACAGUAUUAAACCUACUGCGAUUCUAAGGAGCGCCAGAGGUCGACUGGAGAUCGAGCUCACAGCGAUAAUAGAAGCUGAGCGACGGAAGGAGACGCAAAGAGCAUGGGAAGAAGAAAGACGGCGAUUGGAAAGGCGGAAGGAGCGUGAAGAGAGACGACGAUGGGAUGCACAGCGUCUCUGGAUGAGACUUGGAGAGCAGCUUGAGGGCAUGAGCCUCUUUGAAGAGGAGGAACGAAAGGAGGCUGCUCACAUGAUUACGUUGGAACCUGGACUCGAGGUUCAGGAGGUUGAGGUGCAGCAUCUCGAGGAGGUGGGAAGCGGAUAG